ACAUCUUUGGCAGUGAUUGAAGUGGGGCCUUAAGAGGUCCGUCUUCAGUUACUGCUGUUGAUAGCAUUCGUCCUCAUUGCUGCUAUCCAGGCAGGCUUCCUUGUUGCUGGCAGACUGAAUUCCCACCAAGUGCUCUGCAGCUCCUGGACCAACAGGGCCACUCACCUGAAACUUACGCUGAGCCGCAGCACAGAGAGAAGCCAGUUCUCCAAGAGAGCUGUUGCCGUAAUGAUAAGACUUGUUGUCUGUGUUGUCUUAUGCCUACUCAUCCUUGUUCUUCUCAUCAUUAUAGUUACUGAUUGGUCUUUGCCAGUGAAGGUCUUGGUGAGGGAAUCUAAGCAGCACUAUUCUGAUACGGAUGUCCCUCCCCGCUGUGGUCCAGCAUGCCCAGAUGGAUGGAUUAACUAUGAAGGGAAAUGCUACUUUUUCUCAGAGGAAGAAAAAAACUGGACUUCCAGCCAAACCUUUUGUGAGUCCUAUGGCUCGUCCCUGGCUGUGAUUGAGACUGAGCCAGAAAAGGUGUUCAUUCUGCGUUUCAAGUGCUCUGUUGAUUACUGGAUUGGCCUCCAGAAGGAACUUGACCAGACUUGGAAAUGGGUAGAUGGGACAGAAUUAAACAGCAUGUUGGAGUUGAAAGGAGAAGGAGGAGAUUGUGCAUUUCUGAAUAGUGACUUUGCAGUUUGCUCACGUUGCCACAGAAUAAGAAACUGGAUCUGCAGCCAUCCUGCUAUUUAUACAAAGAAAAAGAGCUAUUCGUCAAGAAAAUGACACAACUUGGGAGAACUGUGUUAAGCCUUCUCAUAAAGUGCAUGGAAUUCAAGUUCAUACCUACAAUUACAUGCCAACCCCUAACCCCAAAUCUAAGGAUCUGUCUUCUCUAUGGCAUUUGCUUUGCAUGAGAGAAGAUUGGUUCAGCUGCAUAGCCACGUUGGACUGCAGUAGAAGAACAAGAUUCCAGUCCAGUAGUACCUUAAAGACCAAUGAGAUUUUCCAGGGUAU